CUGCCCAUCACCCAACACAUCCAUGGCCAUAUCCUAAUAGCCACCAAUUAAGCAGCUCGUUAUGGAGACCCAGCUGCGAUUCAUUUCACCUGGAAUGAGGCCAAUGCAAUAAAGUAGGAAGCAUUGUUUGAAAAUUAUAUGGAGUGUCACAAUAAUAGCAUCGCAGUAACAAAUGCAUCGAGAGGUCGAAACAAAACCACCAAACCUAGGGAAGAACGGAGAUCCUUGCAAUAAAACUCAAAUUAUAAAUAAUAAUUAUUAUUCAAUAUUAAUAAAUGCUAAUCGGUAAUUUAUAAAGAAAAUCAGUGCUACCAAUUCCACGAGAAGUUCUGUUAGCCAAUCCAUAGUAAAACCUUGGCUGUGUCGUCCUCGAAGAAAAUCGAUGGUGUUCAAAUCUCUCCAGCGCUUAAUGACAGAGUCAUCAGUGAUAAUAGAAUUUAGCUAGAUUCACUACUUAGAAAUUGACCUUCUUUCCUAGUUUCGUGAAAUUCUAGAACAAUAUAUUAACUAAUUUUAGAAACAAGACCCGUAUGUGGUAAAGCAAUACUAGUGCGUAAUUAAAGUUGUCGUGUCGCCGUACAGUGAAAAGAUUUAAAAAGUUAUCGUUUGUUAUUGUUGUCAUUGUUAUUGUUAAUCCGGAAGUGUUACGGACUUGAUAUCAAGAUGGCUUUUGCUGCUGCUCGGAUGAUCCUCAAGGAUAAAAGGAGGAAGGCGAGUAAAGAGGAAUUUACCCCGAGAAACAGAAGCAAGGCUCGCAACAAAUCGGCUGAUGGCGUAGGUCACGUGAAUCAAAAGGGCUCUGCGGGACAGAAAGCACCAUUAGCUGGAGGCCAAAAGGUAGCACCGGGUGCUAAAGGAGCUGCGAAACCAGCUCAAAAACCUUCUGCUCAAAAAGGUCAAGUCAAGGUCACACCAAAAGCAGCUUCAGUUAAAACUGGGAAGAAUAAGAAAAAGGGACACAAGCAACAAUAUGACCUUCUCGUCACGAUCAAUCUGUCGGAGUACGGUCUCACAGAGGAUCAAGUUGCGGAAUUCAAAGAGGCAUUUAUGCUCUUCGAUAAGGAUGAAGAUGGCACAAUCACGAUGGCAGAGUUGGGUGUUGUCAUGCGAUCCCUAGGACAAAGACCAUCGGAGACAGAAUUACGAGACAUGGUGAAUGAAGUCGAUCAGGAUGGAAAUGGAACCAUUGAAUUUAAUGAAUUUCUUCAAAUGAUGUCGAAAAAAAUGAAAGGUGCUGAUGGUGAAGAUGAACUGCGUGAGGCCUUUAGAGUAUUUGACAAAAACAAUGAUGGGUUAAUUUCAUCGAUGGAACUUCGUCAUGUAAUGACGAAUUUGGGAGAAAAACUAUCGGAGGAAGAGGUCGACGACAUGAUCAAGGAAGCGGAUCUUGAUGGAGAUGGCAUGGUUAAUUACGAAGAGUUUGUGACUAUCCUGACAUCGAAGAAUUAGCUCUCGGGGCGUAUAAAGGCUGCCAAAAAAGAUGGACGAGAAGUCGGCAAGGCAGCAAAGAAAAUGGAUGGCAAUCAAGUUUCUUUCUCUAAGAUUGUAACGAAGCAUUUUCCUCGUUCUUCUUCCCAGAGUAAGAGCAAAAAAGAAGAGGAAAAGAAAAAAGAAGAGAAAAAAAAAUAAGAAGAAAGUUAAAUAACAGAAAGAAAACAACCAGAAGAAGAAAGAAGAAAGAGAAAGCAGCUCUCAGAGAGAAGCGUACUCUUUGAUUUCCUGCUACACCAUACUUCAUAAGGAAGAGUUAUUUUUGCCGUAAGCUUUCUCCAUUUUGCCAAAAAAUUUGAGUCGCGCUAAAAUCUCUGCUGACUCUCAUUCUUCGAUCAUAAGAGAAAGAGUAUAUGUAAAUUAAAAAGGCAAAAAGUGUUAAAAAUUCUUUCGUAAGUGCAGGAUUAAUAUUUUGAAAAAGAACAUUUCAAUUGAGAUUUUCACGAAAUAUUUCGUUCACCAUUAAUGAGACGUGAGUUAGCAUAAUUUUUGCCAAUUUAAUUAAAGUAAUUUACUCAAAAAUUAAAAAAAUAUUAAGACAAGUGAAUAAAAAAUAACAAGCUUUCUCCUGAAAGAAUCAACAGAGCUUCAAUUAGCCUAUCUAUUAUCUAAAUAUAUAAAUUUAUGCUAUUUCCGUCAUUUUCAUUUUACAUACACAUGCGGACUCGCUUCGAUCCGUGUAAGUAAGCGCGUAAAUUAUUCUAUAUAUAAUUCAAUAUUAAUUCUUAACUUAUUUCAUUAUUCAAUUCCUAGAUUUAUUAUUAGAUAUAUAUUUUUUUAUUACACGUCUCGUGGUUUGUAGCACAAAUAUCUAAAUAAUUAUUUAUUAUUUUAUUAUUUUUAGUAUACAAAUAAUCAUAAAUGCGCUCGUUAAAGCAGAUAAAUGAUAUUUUUUUACUUUUCUUGACUGUUCGUCAGUUUCCGUCUUCUUCGGACAUUCUGCUCUGCAUUGUCAACUCAAAAAAGUCUUCUCAAUGUUAAUAUAGGAAUAAUACAAACUUACUUCCUCUAG